UCAAAACAACGAGAAAAUAAAGCUGAAUAUAAAAGGCCACCACAACAAAUAGCAAAGCAUGAAUCCCACAAGGAAGAGAAAUCAUGGCAACAACAACAACAGCUAGAAAAUCAAAAAACGUACGAAAUGAAGAACAAGAGGAAGAGGAACAACAACAAGAAGAGGAACAACAAGAAAAUGAACAAGAAACUCUGGAUCAAAAUCAACAGAGACAAGUCAAACAACGCCAACAACAACAAGAAGAUCAGCAAGACAAACAACAAAGUCAACAGCAAGAUGAAAAAAAUGGGCCCCGAAAUAACGAAGAAAUGGACGCCCUGAAUGAAUACAAAAUUCAGGCUAGCCAGCAAAACGAAAUGGAAGAACAACCACUUCAGCCUCCAAACACCUCUAUAUCACACCAACAAAGCGAAGACGACGUUUUAAAAGAAGCCAGGCAUUUCCGUAUCAAUACUAUGAAACAUCUGAUAGCUUCUUUAGCUGAGGAUCCAUUUGACACCUGGAUUUACCACCAGAGAAACUUUGGUGAACUUGGAAUUACACCAAGUCUUCUUAAAGCCGGGAUAGUAAAUCUUGGAUCAAGUAAGCCAGUGCAACAAGCAGUACGAAAAGCGGUGAGAGGAGAAAACGUCAAACUGCUUGUGGUGGGGGGUUCAAUUUCUGCUGGGGGAGGAUUGUGGAAAGACCGUGGAAACGUGGAUGGUGUGUAUCACAGAGCCCUUGCACACUGGUGGAAGAGGACGGUCACUCCGGUUACCAACUCCAAAUUGGACGUGAACAAUGUAGCAAUUGGUGGAACAGACUCCGAAUAUUUUUCUUACUGUAUAAACAAUUUCUUGGAAGAUAAUCCUGAUAUUGUACUUUGGGAACUAUCCGCAAAUGAUUACAAUAGAUUUAACGAACGAAAUUUUGAUCCAAGCAAACCGUUGGAACAGCUCACAAGGAUAAUCUUGCAACUGCCUUCACAUCCCGCUCUUAUUUAUGUUAACUUUUUUCGCGGAGAUAAGCAAAACUUUCAACUGGGAGAAAAAUGUCCAGACUCGGAAGAAACUGAAGUAGAUAUCUUGUCACGGUACUACGACAUUCCGUCUCUUAGUUGGCGAAGGAUGGUUUGUAAUUUGAUUACAAAAAGAACGUUUGUAAAUCAAGAAUUAUUCAGUGACGACGGAUAUCAUCCCAAUCUCUUAGGGCAUGCUCAAGUCGCGAUGCUGCUAAUGAUGUACAUCAAAGGAGUAUUUGAAAGUGUUUUAGCCAAUGAUUUAGACAACAUGAAGAGGUUUGAUAUUCUAGACGACCACAAGGCUGAUUUUCAAGAUGCAUUUCAAUUGAAAAUUCCAGCAUUCAAAGACCCACUCAAUCCUAAACCCAGCUGCUGGACCUUGCUCACACCAGACUAUACAAAAGUCUUCAAAAAUACUUUGAACGAAGUCAAUGUUUUAAAGGGGUAUGGGUUCGAGUUAAGAAAUUUAACAGCUUGGGGUGUUCGUACAGAUAGAAUACAAUGUCUCCUUGCAACAAAACCUGGUGCAGAAUUAGAUCUCAGUCUGAGUGUGCCUGUUUUAGACGACGAUAGAAAUUUACCAUUAGCUGAUGCACAAACGAGAAUAUUGGCUAUCGCAACUCAUAAUAAAUUUGGUGGAGCAGCAGAGAUACAGCUUGAUGAUUUACCUAGCAAAACAUCGUUAUCAAACGGAACUGGAAAGCUAAAGCAAAACAGAGUGUAUAUAGUGAGUGAAGAUGUUCGACCAGGCGUGCACAAUUUAAGAUUCCGGUCUUUAUCAUCUGGCUUUUGUCUAACAUCAAUAAUGGUCAUUUAGUAACAUUCGUAAUCUCAGCUGUGGUCAGUUCUAUAGGUCUAGGUUAAGACACCACAUUCAACUGUCAUCAUUGAAGUUUGGAAUAACUAUUAUACUUUAUCGAAUUUGACCUCAAUCUAUCAUUUAAAUAUUGGCGCUGUGGACAGUGGACACCCUUCGUAAAUCUUUAAAAAUGUAAUACAGAGUUAAUAACAAGCUUAGGUUCUGAUAGGUU